UGAAAAAGCAUAGAAGUAAAAAAUAGUGAUUGUGGCUUCCAUCCUUUCCUUCAUCUUUUUCUUCUUCUUCCCCUUUCUUGCAGUCUCUCCUAAGCAUCUUUUUUCUUCCUUUAAUGCUCUCUUCACCUCCCCGUUCUUAACCCUUGUUCCUAUUCUGUUCUGUCUAGUUUCUUAAAACCAUCGGAUUCUUCAUGAUAUUCCCCCUCCUCCGGCGCUGUUGAUCUGAUGGAUGGGUUUUCAGUUGCCUUUCUUCUUCUACUCAGUUCUCAGCUGUCCUUAUCUCCUUCUUCAAAACCCUUGAUCCUGUUUUUCUGAUCAACUGAUAUAGAAAGUAGAACCCCCCCCCUUCCUUCCUUCCUUCCAUCUGGGUUUUGUAUUUCCAUGGGACUCUGUCAUGGAAAACCAAUUGAAUCCCGGGAAAACCAGUCAGACAACAACCCAUCAAUUCCGGCCGGAGGAAUCGGGUCAGGUUACAAUACCCAAACUCAAAAUAUCGCAUUCUACAGUCCAAGUCCUUUACCCGGUGGGUUCAAGAAUUCACCGGCGAAUUCCAGUAGCGUGACAUCAACCCCUCUUCGUUUCUUUAAACGACCAUUUCCUCCUCCUUCUCCAGCAAAACACAUAAAGGCAUUGUUAGCCAGGAGACAUGGAUCGGUUAAACCUAAUCAAGCCACAAUUCCAGAAGGAGAUGAAAUUGAGGUUGGAUUGGAUAAGAACUUUGGCUUCUCAAAGCAAUUCAUCAACCAUUAUGAGAUUGGUGAAGAAGUUGGUAGGGGUCAUUUUGGUUACACCUGUUCUGCUAAAGGAAAGAAAGGAACCUUAAAAGGACACGAAGUUGCUGUCAAGGUCAUCCCAAAAUCAAAGAUGACGACUGUAAUAGCCAUUGAAGAUGUGAGAAGAGAAGUUAAAAUAUUAAGUGCCUUAACUGGCCACAGAAACCUUGCCCAGUUCUUUGAUUCAUACGAGGAUGAUGACAACGUUUAUGUUGUAAUGGAGUUAUGCAAAGGAGGAGAAUUAUUGGAUAGAAUUCUCUCAAGAGGUGGAAAAUACUCUGAAGAAGACGCCAAGGCUGUUUUAAUCCAGAUUUUGAGCGUAGUUGCUUAUUGCCAUCUUCAGGGUGUUGUACACCGCGAUCUUAAACCCGAGAACUUUCUGUUCACGUCGAAAGACGAGAAUUCACCUCUUAAAGCCAUUGAUUUUGGACUCUCAGAUUAUGUAAAACCAGAUGAAAGGCUAAACGAUAUUGUGGGAAGUGCAUAUUAUGUUGCUCCCGAAGUUCUUCACAGAUCAUACGGUACAGAAGCAGAUAUGUGGAGUAUUGGUGUGAUUGCUUACAUUCUUCUGUGCGGGAGCAGACCUUUUUGGUCCAGAACAGAAUCGGGGAUCUUUCGAUCAGUUCUUAAAGCCGACCCAAGUUUCGACGAAUCCCCUUGGCCUUCUUUAUCUUCGGAAGCAGUUGAUUUUGUUAAAAGAUUGUUAAACAAGGACUAUCGCAAGAGACUAACCGCUGCCCAAGCUCUAUGUCAUCCGUGGCUGGUAGGAAAUCAACAAGAUUUGAAGAUUCCAUUGGAUAUGAUUAUAUACAAGCUUGUUAAAGCUUAUGUAUGUUCGUCCUCUCUACGAAAAGCUGCAUUAGGGGCCCUUGCCAAGACGCUAACGAUACCUCAGUUGGCUUAUCUUCGGGAACAGUUCAAUUUGUUAGGGCCAAACAAGACCGGUUCAAUCUCCAUGCAAAACUUCAGAACGGCUGGAAUGAAGAACGCAACCGAGGCUAUGAAGGAUUCGAGGGUUUUAGAUUAUGCGGUUAUGGUGAGUAAUCUUCAGUAUAGAAAGAUGGAUUUCGAGGAGUUUUGUGGGGCGGCCAUAAGUGUGUAUCAGCUUGAAGGAAUGGAAACGUGGGAGCAACAUGCCAGGCAGGCAUACGAUCUUUUUGAGAAGGACGGGAACAGACCAAUUAUGAUUGAAGAACUCGCCUCUGAGCUUGGGCUUAGCCCGUCGGUUCCAAUUCAUGUAGUUCUCCAGGAUUGGAUACGACACUCAGACGGAAAGCUGAGUUUCUUGGGAUUUGUCAGACUUCUUCACGGGCUUUCAGCCCGCUCUUUCUUGAAGGCUUGAACUCAAAUCAAAUAAUUUCGUUAACGUCAACUCCUAGUCCUCCUCAAAAGUCUGGAUGACAAAUAUCUCUCCGUCGAUUUCAAAAUGUCUUUCGAAUCCGAAAAUGGUGAUAGAUAGAGAGCACAGGCUCAAAGAUGCUUCUGCUCGGAGUUAGUUAAUAUUUUGAAUUUUCUCCUAUCAUGUUCUGCUAAAGUAAUUUGGCCAGAGUUUAUGCAAUAAAGCUUCUUUGUUUAUCCAUUUUCUUGAAAAAUUUAUGUAUUAUUAUAAUAUAGUAAUAGUAAUAAAUAAUAAUAACAAUAAUAUAUGAAUUUUCUU